AUGAACGUUGGCUCCUACCUCCUCCACCAGCUGCUGCACUGCGACGCCGCGAAACCCGGUGCGGUGGUGCACUGCUUUGGGGGAGAGUUGGCGUACGUGUUUGACAAGACCACUCAAACGGUGACGGAGCACGCGGGCGCGAUGAACAUUAUCGCUGCCACGGGAGACUUGGCUCGGCGCGGGGUGAAAGGGUACGUGAUCUACGACGCGGCAGAGGAGGGAGCGCCGCCGUCGUCAGAAUUACGGCCUGCUGCAUGGGGCAUGGCUGUGGUGGCGCCCUCAAACGAAAGUGGCUUCAGCGCAUGGGCGGGGACAGUGAGUGCCCGUCGCAUCAUCAUGAACUGCCCCGACGAGAACGAUGUGAAGGCGAUGUGUGCCUGGCGGACGCGAGACCGUCCCGCGCAGGAGCAGGCGGAGUACUGGGAGACGGCCAAAGCUCGCAUGCACUUCGCCGGACCGCGGCCACGUGACAUCUUCAGCGAGGGCGAUUGGAAGGAGCGCACUGCGGCGGUUGACGGCGCCGUGCGGGUGACUGACGCCCCGGUUGCCGAGGACGCCUGCGCUCGGGAAGGCGAGAAGUUGUGGUGGGCGGGAAUCCGUUUCAGAGGCCUGUGGGGAGUGCGCGGGAGAGUGAGGCCUGCGUUUUGGAGAUCAUUCGCACAGCUCCGGCGUGCGGCUUCCUCGGGCAAAAGCUACUGGGCCGUUUGGCGGAGGUCGUGA